CAUCGAUUCGCCGGUCUGUUGCUGUACAGACCGCUGCCGUCGCCCGCCUCGUCGCAGCCACAUCUCCCCGCUACCUAUUCUCCUCCACAGGACCCGAGAGCAAUAUAUUCAGUUUAGCGCGCACAGUAGCGAUCCAGUAAUGUCUGAGGAGGUGGAAGACACGAGGACUUCAGAAGACCAGCAGGAAAUGGAGGACAAAGUAAUCAGUCCCGAGAAAGCAGAGGAGGCCAAGCUGAAGGCCAGGUAUCCCAACCUCGGAGCCAAGCCCGGGGGCUCAGACUUGCUCAGGAAAAGACUUCAGAAGGGGCAAAAGUAUUUUGACUCUGGUGACUACAAUAUGGCCAAAGCGAAAAUAAAGAAUAAGCAGUUGCCAUCAGCCCCAACGGAGAAGACCGAGAUCACGGGGGGCCACAUCCCCACACCUCAGGACCUGCCUCAAAGAAAGACUUCAAUUGUGGCCAGCAAGCUGGCUGGUUGAUGCUUUUAUACUCACUGUAUUGUCACCAUUCCAACCCCCACCUUCAUAUCUACCUGCCGUUUACAUUUUCAUUUGUUUAUUUGUUUGUCACCUUUGUAUGCACUCUCUAAGAACAAGAUAUGUACCAAGCCAAACACUUGAGAAAAAAAAUUGGGAAACUGUUUGGCACUUAAUUGUCAGUGAGUUGAAUCCAACUAAGAGUUAAAAGAACAAGCUCUUAAAUCUGAAUAAUGAUUGAUUUGUGAACCUGAUAUCACACUCAUAGAUAUGAUUGGAUGUUUUUGCCGUCUUAUUUUCGCAGAACUUUCACUUUUAAGUAAAUUUGCCUUCAUACAAAAGCCAGUUUAAUUUCAGCUGAGUAGCCUGUGAAAAAUGACCACCACUGAGAAGAUAUUAGAAUUUGCAUUAAUGUACGUGUGAACAAGAAGUGUAAUUUACAGAUAUGCCUUUCAGUUUGUUUGAGCAUUCACAUGCUGAUGCGGAGGCAUGUCUUUUCAAAUAGUUAAAAGUGAUGUAAUGCUGUUUUUUUUCUCUAAUCCUUUAUAUUGUCUGGUCUGUCCCUUCCUCUCCCUGUGAAGCCACUUGAUCCUGUGCUUUCGAAGUACUGAAGGUUAGAUCACACACUUUGUAGCCAGUUGUAUUUUAAUUCAUUUUAGUGACAUUGGUAUGCCAAGACUUGCUGCUGGUUUCCAUCUCAUCUGACCUCUAAAAUGGCCUUAAAAAUUAACGAACCGUUCCUCUUGAGCAAUAUUUGCUCCCUCAGUGAAAAAACCUUAGUUGUGAAUCUUGCCUGAAAUGUCUGUCACUGUCUGACUGGAAUCACGUAGGAUUUUAUGGAAAGAAACUCCCUUGACAUGUCUGGAGUGUGCAUGUGCAUUUACUGUGCAGUCACACUGUGCCAUUUGUUUUGUAAAUAAAAUAGUUUUGCAUAAUAAAAAUAAUCAAUUGAA